AUGUACUUUCUCAAUAUUGCAGCACUCAUUCGGGGAUUGCUGCAUGCGCGAUCGCAGUUAAAAACAUCGCUUUCUGAUCGCUCGGUUACCUUAUUCAACUUCCAUACAACCGAUUUUGCGGAAAAACUUGUUAAUGUAAGUUUUGAGAUUGUGUAUUCCAUGUCUUCACGUCAUCACUCCCUUGCCGCAGUAUAUACGUUGAGUCUUGAAAUCACUGAUCUUUACCCUUUGCCUUUAAUCCUUCUUACCUUUAAUCACUUUAUUCCCCACUUUUCUGAUAUUGAACUAGUCGCAUGGAAUCAAAUUUCCCUCUUAUCCACAAGGGAAGUGACUGCGUGUGUUGGUGACCACCUUGGGCAGACUUUGGCUAUGCUGACCUCGGGACUCCAGGGAACCACAGUGGCUAAACCAGCAAAACUUCGAAAAGGUGGAAAUUAUGCUGGGGUCUGCUCAACCAGUGAGGACAGGCCAUCCAAUCAUCCGAGCAAGUGA